CACCCUCACAGGGAAGAAUUUCUUCCUGGUAUCUAAUCUAAAUCUAUCCUCUCUCAGCUUAAAGCCAUUCCCCUUUUCUUGUCUUGAUGCUGCUUAAAACCAAAACUUGCGUGUUACUUCCUUUACCACUAAAACUUAUUUUUCCUUCUCAUCAACAGGAUAAAACCUACAAAUUUAACCAUGGGAAUUCUGAGCCAGCUAUCAAUCAUUCACCUCCUCUGGGCUGUUAUAGUCUUUUGUCAAUAUGAAGACUAUGAUUUUGAGGAUGAAUAUGAUGAGGUGCCAGAUCAACACUCAUUUUAUUUUAAUCCAAGUACACAAGCUGAAGUUCCUCACUUUCCUUUUCCAGUUGAGUGUGCCAGAGAGUGCUUUUGUCCACCAGCUUUUCCAUUAUCAAUGUACUGUGAUCAUCGUAAACUUAAGACAAUACCAAAUAUCCCUAGUCACGUCCAACAACUUUAUCUGCAAAGCAACGAUAUUGAAGCUGUGCCUGCAGGACCAUUCUCUAAUGUUACCUUCCUAAGAGAAAUUAACCUCAGCCACAACAAAAUUAAAUUUCAUAUGAUCGACCAUGGUGUUUUUGCCAAACUUCCAAACUUACUGCAAAUUCAUUUACAACAUAAUGAAUUAGAAGAAUUUCCAUUCCCACUCCCUAGCUCUCUCGAGAGACUCCUCCUUGGUUUCAAUAAGAUUUCUCGGCUAUCUGGAAAUGCACUGGAAGGACUGCCUAACAUAACCAUGCUUGACCUCUGCAAUAACUUUCUUGACGACUCAGUACUCAAAGGAAAGCCCUUUUUAAACAUGAAAAAUUUAAUGCAGCUAAACUUAUGCAACAACAAAUUGCAGACUAUGCCCCCUGAUCUACCAUCAUCACUUAUGUAUCUCUCUCUUGAAAAUAACUCAAUUUCUUCUGUUCCAGAAAACUAUUUCAACAGACUUCCAAAAAUCAUUGCACUAAGAAUGUCUCGCAAUAACCUGCAGAACAUUGCACGCAACACUUUUAAUCUACCCAACCUUCUAGAACUUAAUCUUGGACAUAACAAAUUGAAACAAGUUUUCUAUAUUCCAAGAAGUUUGCAGCAUUUGUAUAUCGAAGACAAUGACAUUGAAUUCAUAAAUGUUACUUUGAUGUGUCCAUCUAUUGAUCCACUGAACACCAACCAAUUAACCUAUAUACGGGUGGACCAAAAUAAGCUUACAAUUCCAAUCAGCACAUAUGCUUUCUUUUGCUUUCCUCACAUUCGAACCAUUUAUUAUGGUGAACAAAAUGUUAAUGGCAACAAAUCAACUCAACUAAGAAUGACAGUCUUCCGACGAUUUUUAACACCAGAAGAAUACCAUGAAGCAGAUGACGACCAUGAAAUACAGGAUCACGAAACUGAAGAGGACCACGAAGCAGAAGAUAACUAUUUUCAUCCAUACCUUCAGUGAAGUAAUUAUCAUUAAUGGGUAUAUAUAGAAACUGUUACUUAGUUGUAGGGUAUUCAUAUCCACUACAGAACAGUGGGAUAGUUUGGGAUAUUUAAGAUACAUCUAUAAAGUGGAGAUAAGAUUUUAGUGUAGGUAAAAGCCUGUUAUUGAUGAAGUAAAAAACAUAAUACUAGGAGGAAAGAGCACCUCAGCAUUAGAUAGCAACCUAAUAUACAACCUGGGUUGAUGAUGGACCUAUCCUUAUGGUGAGCAGCCUAACUUGAAGAAAAUUGACCUGAAAAAGCUUUUAUGUUCUAAAGUGAUCCAGCUUGCAAAAUUCGUAAAAUAUAAAUCAAUCUCAUGCUCAAUAGCAACAAGCAAAUAAGGCACACAUCUGUCCAGCUACACACUAGAGAAAAUAAGAGGGUGAGAUCACAGAGAUACUUCCACAAGGUUGCUCCACAACUUCCACAAAUGAAGAUGUUUCUUCUUCCAAUUUCUAAUUUGACAGGGAAAAAAACCCACAACAACAGUUUCAAAUGUGCCUCAUAUUAUGUUUGCAGUGUCCUGCCAACAUGUAUUAUAACAUGUACUUCUCAGCUUGUACCUCAACUACCACAACUCAUUCAAGUCAAAGGAGAUUGUAGUUUACUAGUAAUAUAGGCAAUAAAUGACCACUCAUAGGUCUUAGAAUCUAGGGAAAAUUAUGUGCAUUAAUACAACUGAACCACCAGUAUUUACAUUUUACCUAUGCUUUUUCCCAUUAUUUUAGAAGGCAAAUUAAAGUGUGAUUUAAUCUUUUUAUUAUAAU